AUGGCUUUCUUCGGUGCGGCCAACCCCGCUGGGGGAGGCGCCUCUGCGGAGCUUGGUUCAGAGCUUCCCGAUGUCUUUACCGAUGAAGUCGGUUUCAAAGGUGUCUCCGGAGACGCGAAUAUCCGCUUCCUCCAAACGGCAUGGCCCGACGACGCGCUUCCUGCUCCAACCUCUUCACUUCUGGCUGUCGCACACACCAAAGGACUCAUUGUCGGCGCUGGCCCAGAUGCGCUGGUGAUAAGCACUGCUGAUAAUGUGAGAAAGUCAAUCGAGGCGCCAGCUGGUGAAGAUAUGGAGAAAACGAAGCCAUUUCAACCCGUCGCCACAAUUCCUCUUCCUUCUCGUCCCACCCAUGUGGCAUUCACACCGGGCGACGACGGCUUGAUUCUCGCCUCAGAGAAUGGCCCCGCAAUUUCGGUCUUCGACACAAACGCCCUUAUGCAAGGAAAUGCGCAACCAGCGAUUUCAAUUCCCACGAAUGGCGUGUCGCUACGAGCCCUGGCGCCAAACCCCGACCCUACCUCCACACUUGUCGCGCUAGUCACUGUUAACGGCGAGCUUCUUAUUGCCGACCUCAAGGCUGGGAGCCUUGUUCCUGGACCCAAUGGCCCUGUCCUCAAGGAUGGUGUCAGUUGUGCUUCAUGGAGCAACAAAGGGAAGCAGCUUGUUGCUGGAUUGGCCGAUGGCACUGGUUACCAGAUGACCCCAGACGGAACGAAAAAGGCUGAAAUUCCUCGGCCAUCUGAUUUGGAGGGAGAUUGCCACAUUUCAUCAAUCUCAUGGCUUGAAAAUGAUGUCUUCUUUGUGACAUACACACCAAAUGUUUCAGAGGAUGAUAUGGGGAUGAACCCAGCUUCUUCAUACUACAUCAUAACCCGCCGUAAGCAGGCGCCGUUCCUUAUCCAGAAAUUGCCAGAAGUCUGCUCAACUAUGGGCUUCAUGCUAAAGCGUGGUCCCGCAUUCCAAUUUAUCACCAGAAUUAGAGACUACAAGCCUCACUUGAAAGAUGUCUUGAUCGUCGCCUCAACUGCGUCGACUGAUCUUGGACUCAUCACGCGUUCUGACCAACCUCUGGCGAACGAUGAGCGAACCAAAUCUCACGUUGGUCAGUUCAUGACUACCGAAGUAAGCGACGAUACCAAACGUGCCAGUGUCCCGUUGAAGGACUCUGGAGAUGAGACAUCAGUCAUUGGCCUGGCACAAAACCUGUCAGCAACGGAAAAUGUGAUUGCACCGCUUCCGGGUUCCGACAUCUUGGAGAGCUCAACACCUCUUCCCGGGGUUCUUCUUUUGAAUAAUGAUGGUAUUCUUUCAUCUUGGUGGUUCGUUUACGCUGAUUCCAUUCGCCAAAGCAUUCCGUAUUCUGGGUUGGUUUCGUCUGGUCAGACAGCCCAAGCUCCCUCUCAGCCACAGGCUGUAGCUCCGACCCCGGCUCCGGCCCCUGCCCAGCAGCCUGCAUUUGGCCAGUCAGCCUUUGGAAGCCCGGCAUUUGGUCAGUCAGGGUUCGGGAAGCCAGCGGGAGCUCCUGCCUUUGGUAGUCCAUCACGCAUGGGCGCUUCAACCAUGGGGGCGACUGCUUUUGGAAAACAAAGUGCUCCAGCAUUUGGUAGUCCGUCUCAGCUUGGUGGAAGCUCUACCCCGGCCUUUGGAAAGCCAUCAACUCCUACCAGUGCUCCUACUUUCGGGACUCCCUCACAGCCGGGUGCAUCCUUCGGAACUCCCAGUACUCCGGGACAGCCACAGUUCGGUAAGUCUGGGUUCGGAGCCAUGGGCUCCGGGCUUGGACAAUCCAGUACCCCAGCAAACCCAUUCGGAGCUAGUGGGGCAGCAUCUAGUGGCGGCGGAUUCAGCUCUUUCUCCGGUGGAGGCGGCUUCAGUGGCUUUGCAACGGCAAAGCAGGGCCCGUCACCAUUCGCGGCCAAGCAGUCAGGCGAGUCACCGUUUGGCGCGACAAAAAGUUCACCCUUCGCAGCUGCUUCUUCUGGUGAAAGUGCUUUCGCCAAAACCUCUGCCUCACCAUUUGGAGCCAAACCUGAGACCUCGUUCCCGCCUCCAGCUUCAACUGAAGUCAAGAAUCCCUUUGGCGCCGCAGCGCAAGGUGGCUUUGAACUCAAAUCUACCUUCAAAAGCGAAGUCCCGCCUCUCAAAGAGGAGCCAAAAGAAGACAAGACUUCAUCUAAAGCAUUUUCAUUUGGUGGCUCCUUUGAAGAAAUGGUAUCAACGUCCCGCAAGGGAAGCUCGUCGCCGAGUGAAUCAAUGGAUGACACUGAAGAUAUCGAGCCUGUGAAUAAGGAGACAUUCUCAAUCUUCGGCGGGGUAAGCAAACCUGCUUCACAGACCCCUACGUCAAUGUUCAGUUCAAAGACAACGACUCCGGCCGGGAACACCAUGUCGAUGUUUGGCCCCAAUGCCACCCAAAACCGCGUGACCAGCCCACUGUCAACACUGUCUGAUAAGACAGAGACACCCAAGAAGAAUUGGCCUAACACGCCAAGUAUCGAUGUGGAGACGCCAUUGCCACCAGAUUCCACCAGCCGGGCUAGUUAUGCCGCCGGAGAUACUUCUGCUUCAUCCAACGUGUCGAAGAGUUCCGCUGAGGAUGCCCCGCUUCCUCCAGAUUUCACCAAGGCGAAGAAACCUACACCAAAAUCUGAAGAGGACGCUCCUUUCCCUCCCGAUUUCCUUUCGCAGAAGAAGCCUGCAGCUAAGGCAGAGGAUGCUCCUCUCCCCCCCGACUUCCUUACACAGAAAAAGUCCGCACCCAAGACGGAUGACGCCCCCCUUCCCCCCGAUUUCCUUGCGCAGAAGAAAUCUGCACCAAAGACGGAGGAUGCUCCUCUACCUCCUGACUUCCUCACUCAGAGGAAGUCUGCACCCAAGGCAGACGAUGCUCCGCUUCCUCCAGACUUCCUAGCAAAGCCCAAGAAGUCCGAGGCUGCAGUUGUCCCCGAGGACGCCCCCCUGCCGCCUGACUUUACCGCAAAUCCAAAAACCAAAUCUGUGGAAGAGGCAGUCCCGAUCCCAGACGAAUCUGAUGAAUCAGGCAUCUCCGACGAAGACUCCGAGGCCGCAGGCGAGUCGGACUUUAGUGAUAGUGGUGAAGAAAUCACACACGAUGAAGCAUUCAUCGGCAAAAGCAAGCCAUCGGCCCAGAGCUCAUUUGGUGCAGUUUCCGAGCAAAGCUCCACUGGAGGAUUCUUCAGUAGCCCCGCUCGAAAAGCAGACGACAAAGGCCGCGUACCCCGGCAGCUAUUCGGGGAGAUGUCUAAGCAGCCAGUGCUUCCUCCCCCGGGCCCCAUUAACCGUGAGCCCUACCGGUCACCGAGCCCGGUUCGGGUCGGAGGGAAAAAGAACGUGCUAUUCCCCGAGAAAUCCCAUGUCCGCAAGGGGUCCACAGGCGCGCUGCACUCGCGUAAGGCAUCUCUUACCCAGAUUGCCCAGCGUGAUGGCCACUUGAGAAAGGCCAGUGAUGUUGCCCGCGAGGAGCAAGAGAAGCAAGCGCGCGCACAUGCAGCAGCCCAGCUCCAGGAAGAUGAUCUAUCUUUGUCAGACGACGACGAUGAUGAUAAACUCCGCGAUGAGCUGGCUCAGCCCGUUGAGCCCGUUGAUACUCUUGAUCCAUUCUUGCCUCACCAAAACUACAUGGGCGAGACUGCAAAGCCAGGAAUUGCCGGCCAGGUCGAACGACUCUAUCGUGACAUCAACUCUAUGGUAGAUACACUGGGCAUAAAUGCUAGGUCAUUGGCGGGAUUCCUUCUUUACCAACAGCCUAAGAAGCCCUCUGAUAUUGAUGAUUGGGUGAUGGUCCUCAACAGCGACCAGCCCGCUGAUAUUCUCGACACGAAGAUGGCCUUGAAGGACAUCGAAAGAUUCGAAGAAAUGAUUACUUCAGUUGCUCAAUCAUUGGACAACCAGCGAGUCCAGGGAGUGGAUGAAAAGCUCGAUGCCUGCCGUGACCUACUCACAAAGCAGGUUGUCACCUUGCGAGGCCAGUUCGCAAGCAUCCGCAAGACUCUUGACGCACACACUGAUAUUGGCGCUAUUCUCGAAGCACCGCUUUCUGCCGAGCAAGGUGCGCUCCAGCAUGAUCUGCGCACCACAUUCACCGAUAUCCAGGUCAAGAUAGCCGCUCUUGAACAGGCAGUUUCGCUUCUGCGUGCCAAAAUUGCCGACAUCCCACAGGCGAAUGGUGCAGGCAGGAACCGACCAACCGUUGAGGCUGUCACUAAGACCAUUGCUACAAUGAUGAGCAUGGCCGAGGGAAAGAGCACAGACAUCGAUGUUCUCGAGGCACAGAUGCGCAAGCUCGGCGUGGACAUUGCUCCUACUGGACCCCCAAGCCGCGAGGGGUCCCCCUUCUCUACUCCUCGCAAGAGCGCUGGUGGCCGCAUUCCCAUGACUCCUGGGUCACGAGGCUCGAUUGACGGUAGCGCUUAUCACACCCCCGAAUCCGCUUCGCGCGGUCUCAACUUCCGGGCCAGCCUCAAUGCCUCGGUGAGACAGAGCCGUCUCCGCAGCGUUGAGGGUGCUGGCGAGCUUGCUAUCCCACAAGAAGACGCCGUGCAAUACAAGGCCAAGAAGUCACGUCGCCAGCACUUGAAUGCCAACUUGAAGAAGGCCUUCGAGGACAAGCAGGCGAAGGUGCGCGCCGUCGAUGAGUGGUAG